GUUUCGUUAUAAAAAAGGAAACAACCCUUCCCAUUACUCAAAAUAUCCCUUCCAUCUGUGUGAGAGAAAACAUGGAAGGUGAUGGCAGGUGUAGCCAACCAUUCCAUGUUCUUGGGGCCCUUCUCAUUCUCAUCUUCCUCAUCUCUGACAUUAAAACAUGCUCAGCAUCGACAAAGGUCGAGCCCCACAUCAAAGCCAGCGCCGAGUUCAUUCGAAGUUCAUGCACUGUGACCACCUAUCCACGAGUCUGCUUCCAAUCUCUCUCUGCCCAUGCAAGUGACAUUCACACCAGCCCUAGAAAACUAGCCCACGUCGCAUUAUCUGUGAGCCUAUCAGCCGCCCGAUCGACUUUGGCCGUGUUAUCGAAGCUAUCUGCAGGAAAUCACUUGAAGCCUAGAGAGGCAGGCGCGAUGAGCGACUGCAUCAAGACGAUAGGUGAUUCGGUUGAUGAGCUCCAACAAUCUUUAGAGGAGAUGGGGCACCUGAAUGGGCCACAAUUCAAUAGUCGGAUGGACAACAUCAAGACAUGGGUGAGCGCCGCUGUGACGGAUGAGGAUACGUGCAUGGAUGGCUUCGCUGGAAAUGCCAUGAAUGGCGACAUCAAGAACAAGGUGAGGGGCCAUGUCGUGAAUAUUGCGCAGCUGACAAGCAAUGCUUUGGCGCUUAUCAGCCACCUCUCGUAGACUCGAGAGAAGUCACUGUAGUGGGAGUUUCAAUGUAGAUGAUGUGCAUGCAAUUCCUAAGAUUUUCUGGUCUACUAUCCUAAGAUUUGUAAUGUUGUAGUUUCAGGGAUGUUUGUUGAUUCAUGGCAUUUCAUGUGUUUGGUUAAACCUAAUGUGUGUAACUUUGGGGGGAUGACAUGCAAAACCAUAUUAGGAGGAAAUGAAAUUUCCUUGAAAGCUAAGGAAUUUGAUAACUUCAUGUCUCCUUUUUUCUU